AUGUCUGCUUUGAGAUCUUCAGAAUCGCCAGAAGAGGCACCUUUCUCAUCCGGUCCGUUCUCGCCUCCGACAAACAACGAGGAAUGGGACCUGGCUCUUGUUGAGGUGAAAUGGCUUUGUCUCAAUCAGCAGUACAAGCAAUGCUACUCUCGUUGCAAUCAGCUCAUUGAAACUGCAUCUGAGCCGCUUGAACCAAUCCGUGCAACUUACCUCUACUACUAUGCAGCGACAUCCUACGAGUAUUUGGGACGAGCUGCACACACCUUCUCGAACACCAAAGUUUCACUUCUGACAUCUGCGCUGGAAAACUUUGAGGCUGCCAACGCCGCCUUGCCGGCUCUUCUUCCGCAACCUGUUCUAGAUGCCCAUCGAAGUUAUUCUCCCUUGAGUAGCAAUCCUUUUUCGCAGUCCCCGUCGGCCCGAUCCGAUCUGUCACCCCUGGGCAGCGACUGGAGCCCUGCCCUACCGACUCUCCACGAAGAGGAUCUACAGCCUGACACUGAGGUCGAGUCGCCUUCGUGUCACAUCUGGAGCCCUCUGACCUAUUCGCCAGCUGAGAAGAGCUCACCCGUCAAUUCAAUCAGAGCUCUGCCCUACCGAUCUCAUGAGCCAUUCCAAACCCCCACGCGGCCCCCAAAAGUAUGUCCCUCUUUCACUUCGUUGUCUGCUAGUGCAUCAGUCGCCACCGCGUUUGCUAUCACGCCUCCUCUUUCAUCUGAAAAGUCUCCGCGUCCUGUCUAUGAUGCCCGUACUGCAAUAUUCGAUUCCCCGUCCCCUGUGCGUGCCUCUCCUCUCCCUGUCCAUGAUGCUGCACCUAGCCCAUCCGUCGGAGACAAGCUGGUUUCUUUUGACAGCGACGAAAAUGGGUUUCGAACUGGAGGCAACGUCGUCAAACAAAUUGCUCGUAUGAUCGAUAGCUCGCUCUUGAACGGAUCCAAUGAUCCUUUCGUGUCGACCGAACGACCAGGUCUGCGACCCUCCAUUCGCCCUCCAGUACGAUUGUCUCCAAUCAAGUUUCCGGCUGAGCUGGAAGACCCGUCGAAGCAAAUCAAGCUCAUGCCAUCGCCACUUCAGAUUCGGAAAUCUUCUGGUGAUAUUCUGAAGUGCAGCGAACCAAGAGUCGUUAUUCGCAAGGGCUGGGAGGCGCCGGAUUCUGGGAGUGAAGCUACCGUAAAGAAGCCCAUUCGCUGUCGCCCUCCGCGGCUACCACUGAAAAUCAUCCCAAACAAUAGCCAGACUGCUAACACAGGGAAGACACCACCUUCUAUUCUAGCUCCCCAGCCGAAACGGAUCAGUCCCGUUGCCUCUCCUUCUACCUCCACCGAGCUUCUCGCAACACCCACUCCCGCGGUUCGAAGUGGAUUCCCAUCCCUCGGCUCGCCUUUCAAAACUCCUGCACAAUCGCCCGCACCUAGCUCGAUGUCACCCUAUUCAUCACCAGCCUCACCCGAUGAGGAGGCUAAUGCUGCUCGUGCGGCCAGAGUUGACAAAUUCAACGAAGCCGUAACUUGGCUUCGUGAGCACAUCCCUCAGGACCUUAGCAACCUUCAAAAGGAGAUCCAAAGCAUUAGCAGGUUGCAAGAGUUCCGAAACAAUCGCACCCGGAGGGUUUCGCGCUCUGUAUCUUUCUGGACUUUCACCCCGGUUAAGGCCAAAGCGGAGGCUGAGACCGAGACCAAGACCGAGACCGAAAUUGAUAAUGCUACUCCACCGGAUGGACCGAAUCUUGAUGAGUAUGGAAAUGUACUGCGGGUCGAAACUAGGGCUCAGCGGAUUGCGCGACUUCGCAGGGAAGGAUGGGCCAUUGGGCCUCGUUCCAAGCAUAGUUUGUGGAAGGGGACUGAGUAUUACGACAAGCUUUGCGAUACUGCGCUGAAGGAGUUGGGAGAUAGCCGUGGUUUGACUGUGGAAGGUCGUGCGGAUCUACGGAAGUGGUAA